GCACGCAGGGUGGAAGUGAAGUGGACGGUCCAGAAACAUUAGUCUUCAAGCCAGCCAGGCUGCUGAAGUCGCUUACUAGCUUUUUUAUAAAAGCCUACAGGGGUUCAGAAGACACCCGACACAUGGCACACAUUAGCCUCUAAAGUGUAACUGUUUUUUAAAAACUUGUCAUAAAGUGACUGUCAACUUGCAAACCCAGCUGGUUAGCUGGAUGGCUAGUGAUAAUGAACGGUUGUGCAUUGUCGGACAAUCAGCUAGUGUUACUCCGGCUAAUGCUCCUCCAUCUGUCUGGCUGCCACCGACAUCACUUCGUGCACCGACGACAUGAGAUGUCUGCAUAACUUUUUAUCUGCGAGACAUUUAAUUGCUUCCAUUUUUCCAUUAUGGACAGCGAACGCAGCAAUUGCAGGCCCCAGAUUGGAGACAAUAGCAAGCUAACCUAGCUAGCGAGCUGCCGUGGCUGCUAAGCUUGCUGAAGGCUGUCUGGAGCUGCACUGAAUACGCCGAGGCGCCUGCACCAUGGAUCAUUUGGAUGUGACAGAACAAAUAUCACCAGCUUGUAACCAACCUUUGUUACGCAUCCAAGAUCUGACUGUGACUGACCAAGACUUUGCACCCCAGCACCCCAGCUCCAACAUAAUGUCUUCACAAUCCAAAUGGGUGAACAGCAGCACUGAAGACACUGACCUGAUCAUAACUGAGGAUGGGCUCAGCAAUGGCACCUGUGAAGUUGAGACUAUGGUAGCAUUAUACUGUCCUGGCGACAGUGGAGAUGUUACUCCUGAGGGUGACAGGCUUGCAAUUGGCAAUAAUGGCGUCUCUGAGUUUUCAAACAGUGACCUCUCUCUGCCCGAGGUGUGCAUUUCUACCAACAUCAAUAGUUUUGAGGAGGAUAUGAACUAUGAGGUCCAUCAAGCGUAUAGGAUAUUCACAGGCUUUCUCUCGGACAAGCACAAAGGGAUCACCAGCCCGUUCCUCCAUCCUGUCGGCCACCAGGAGGCCCAGCAUGGUAUUGAAGGGGUCCGCUGCGGUCAGGCACAACUCACGCAGUCAAUGUGCUUGCAGGGGAUGAAGGAGAAGUUUAUCAACCAAGAGUAUGAGACCAUAACAGAGUUUGUAGCAGACUUCAGGCUGAUGUUGGAGAACUGUUAUCGCUACCAUGGAGUGGACCACUGGAUCUCCAAACAGGCUCAAAAGCUGGAAAUCAUGCUGGAGCAGAAGCUUACAUUGCUAUCCAGGACACUACGAGAGAAGACAACUUUGACAGUGACCUCUAAAGGGCAUUUUGGUGCAGAAGAUGAACGGGUUUCAGGGGGCACCUCAACGAGAAGGAGGCUGGCACCUCGUAGUCUGGCUACCAUCACUGUCGGUGGGCAUGAGUCUAUCAUGGUUCAGGCUCUACGGCUGGAAGAACAACAGAGGGCCAAGGAGGAGAAGAGGCAACGUGAGCUUGAGAAGAAAGAAGCGGAGGAAAUGUCAGCCAAAGAGGUGGAAGAGUGGGAGCAGACUUUGCUGACACAGGCUUCCCCCCACACCCUGGACACACUUUGGGAACUCCCUGCUAUAGGGCACUUCCUCUGUCUUGCUCAGACUGCACUUAACCUCCCUGAGAUUGUAUUUUUUGAUCUUGAGCGUUGUUUGCUGAUGCCCCGCUGCAGCCUCUUCCUGUCCAAAAUCAUGUCUUCCCUACUGUGCCCACCCCAGCGCAGGGCCAAUCUGCAACGCCGCCCUGUCCUGCCUUACCGCCGCUGGGAGUCAGAACUCAGGCAGCGGGUCAUGGGCUGGUAUCGAGCUGUUGGUGCCUCACACGAUCAGUCAGGUCGGGCGGAGCAAUUGGGACUCUGCCGGCAGUUUUUCCACACUCUCGGGGAGGUGAGUCCUUUGGAGGAGAAACCCUUUCACUUGCUGCCCCUCUACCAGCGAGUAUGGCUUCUGAAGGGGCUGUGUGAUCAUGUGUAUGAGACACAGAAAUAUGUGCAGGAUGCUCUCCUGGCCCAGCCCAUUCAUGAAUGUAGGGAGUCUAUUUUGGGCUAUGACGGCAAGGAGAAUUGCUAUAUACAUUUCCCACAUUUCUGUGGGGCAGACCUGAGAAUCUACUGCCAAAGCCCUGGCACAACUCCUGUUUUCCCUUUCCCUUCUGUCUGGGUCAAAAGAGUUGACAUCGAGCCAGGGACCGAGGGUGAAGAGUCGGAAGGAAUGAAGGAAGAGGGGGUUACAAGUGACAGAGGUUGUUAUGGAGGCUUAAUGGACACAGGAGAGUCUGGUGAUUUUGGAAAGGGGGGAGCAGAGACAAUCUCGGGUUUCAGAGGGGAAAAAAUUGAAGUAGAGGAAGAUAAAAAAUGGUCACUGAAGAAGGAGGAGUCUGAAUCAGGGUCCUCUGAUGGAGACUCCUGUGAAGACUCAAAAUUGGACUUAAUAAUACAAACUAACUCCCUUUCACACACUAGUCCUAUUGGAGGAAGUGAUGUUGAAAUGACUUUGAAAAAAGAGACUGUAGAUUUGGAGCAUCAAUGCAAGCGACUUGCAUUAAAACCGGAGCAGGGCUUCUCAAUGCGCACCAUUAAAGCAGAGACACAGGAGCCCUGUCUGAGUGUAGGGGAGCACAGCUACACCGGCAGAUCACCUGCUCGUGUAGUGAAUCUGGCCUCCCUAAACAAACCAUUCAAAAUGGAGGGAGGAUGCCCCAGUGAACAAUACCAAAGGUCUCCCUGUUUGGAUUGUUAUAAAAGCAAAACUAGUAAUGUUAAAUCUGAGGAGCAUGACUGCUGCUGUGGCACAUCAGGGCAAGCAACACAGUUGUCCUCUGAGAGUUCUCAAAAUUCAAGUGAAGAGAGGGUGACUGACAAAAUCUGGACAAAAAAGAAAAAGCGGAAGAAAAAGCGAGAGAGAGAACAACUGACGAGGGUGAAAGGAAAGGGCGAUCAGCUGCAGCAUGUCGACGUGAUGAGGCCGUCCUCGGCUGAGACGACCAAGUCUGCAGUUCGGAGAGUUGCCAAAACGAUCAAAAGAAAAGACAAAAAGAAAAAACAUAAAACAGGAAAAAAGCUUGAAUCUUCAAAGAAAAUUAAAGAUGAGCCCUCAUUUGAGCCGCCAUUUAAGUUGGUAUGCAGAAGUCUUGAGGACUUGCGAUGCCUGAUCAGUAAGACAGAAGAUGAGCUUGAUGACAUAGAGGGCAUCAAAAAGAGAUUGGGUCGGUGGUAUUAUAGGAGGGAAGCAGUGAAAGACCUCCACAGCACUCUAAUCAGACUACUGAAUGAGCUUUCCCCCUGGGAACCCAAACUUGUUAAGGCCUACCAAAGGAACAGGCUUCGUUUAAAGAAGGAAUGUGAUGAUUUCAAGAAAAACCCAGAAUACAAUAACUUUGUGCGUGAGGAGAGUAUUUCAUCAUCCUCCUCCUCUGAUGAAGAUGAUGACGAUGAAGAGAGGGGUUUGGGGAAGGAGGUGUGUUCAUUCUCGGAUCAUUAUGGGCGAUCAGAAGAGGAGGACCUGGAGCAUAUAGUUCCCAGAGGUCUUUGGAGUGGAGGAAACAACAGGGAGUUUGUGGCUGAGUCUGCUGGAGAAAGAACGGUGAACUACAAACCUCCCAACCACAUAAAACAACCUCUAGGCAGCACAGAGAAACAUGUCAGUCUGCUGCAAACAAGUCAGACUGGCAGCAGUGACAUUAUGUCGACCCCUGACUCUGGGCCACAAUCUACAUCUGAAGUGAGACCACCAAAUCAAUCCAAGGAUUCAGACUCGGCAAGGGUGACAACCCAGGCUUCACUGUCACCCAGAUCCCCCAUCCUCCAUCCCACCACUGGACUACCUAAGGGCUACACGCCCAUCCCCACCCUACUAGCUAAGAGUGUGGGAAACAAAGUGACCUUAAUGAAAUGGCCUGCUGAUUUUACAGGGAUCAACAUCAUGGAUAGACAGCGCAAAGGGUCUUUGGUCUCCCUGCCUACCUCUACAGUGACUACUACAAAACGUUCAAAAGCACAAAGCUUUCCAUCAAGUUCCCAGCUGAACUCGCAGCAAAUGCAGGCCCAAGGACGACAACAAACAGAAGUACUAAGACAGCCAGGAAUGGCAGCAUGGGCAGCAGCUCUUCCUAAAUCACCACAGACAAAACCUACCCAGACCGUAACAAAAAAUCCUGUCCAAGUGGUGUACAAAGUACCGGAGGGGCUGGGUCACCUUGUAAGGAAAGACAGCAGCAGCCCGGUCAAGAUUUCUGUUCAUCCUGUCGUGGACCACAUUACUGGGGAGAAGAUUAUGCAGAAAUUGGUGAUUCUGCCUUCUAACCUUCUCAUUCACAAAACUGAAGAAAAGGUGCCUCCUUUACAUCAACAGUCUAAGGUCAUUCCGGCCCCAGUUUCUAAAGGGGCCAGCCCCUUCUGUAUGUCCACCAAUGUGCCUGGGUUCACUAUUUCCGAAAACAGAAUCCCUGUUCAGCAAGUGGCCCCCCUAAAAGAUGUGAGGACACCCUUUUCUUCUGUUUCUCCUUGUCUGCAACAGGGGGCCCUAAACGCAGCAGGGAUCAUGGGGGCACAAGCCUGCAGUCCCCAAGCUAGCACACCACAAGGUGUCACACCAAACCCCUCACCAAUCACAACUCCUUCGAGUGCAGUUUCUACUGAGCCAAUUAAAUCUACAGACCCUAAACAGGAGCUUAAGACUAUGUGUAUCCGUGACUCACAGUCCAUCCUGGUAACAACUAGAGGAGGCAACACGGCCAUUGUUAAAGUCCAGACAUCCUCAGAUCAGAAUGCCCUUGGUUCUUUGCCCAACAGUUCAGUUAUCACCAUCUCACCUCAGUUAAAAGCCUUCCUCGUCUCCAAGACAUCACAGACUCUCUCUCCUCCUUCUCCCUCUCAGACUUCCCCUUGCACCUUCCCAGUAGUGACGGGUAUCUCAGUGGCCCAGCCUCAGAAGCAGGUUCCUUCACUAUUAAAGUCCUUUUCCAAACUCCCAACUCCCAUGCUUGCUGCAGUCAGUGGUAGCAAUCAUGUUACAGGCCCAGGAAGUCAGACUGCAGGCACUACUAUGGCUAUAAGUCACGGCGGCUCCAACACUUCAGCUGUUUCGACACUUGCAACAAAGAUUGGCCAGCUAGUGCAGACUCCUACUGCUGGUUCUCAUUUUCAAGGUUCCUUAGUAAAGAACACUGUUGUUGUCCCAUCACUGAGUAAUUCUGGUGUUCCCCACAUUCUCAAACAAGCAGAGUUCAUCAGCAAGACUGGUAUGAAGCGGGCAAGUACAGAUGAGAGAUCCCAAGUUACUAAAUUCAUCCUUAUUACUCCCUCUUCUUCCUCCACUUCAAAUGUAGCCUCGUCAAAAGGUACACCCUCUUACACAAAAUCACUUCCUAGUUCAAGAGUCAUGUUUAUCAGCCACCCAACAGCAACAUCAUCCACCACCUCUGUGGGAAGCACUCCAAAACAGGCAAUAGCAACCGGGGUGAGCGGACAGCUGCUGAGUACUUCAUUAUCUAGUCAGACUCUAAAGAUGGGAUUAAGCACAGGUCAACCUGUUGUCAGCUCUGAAGCAUUGUCCAAGGUCAAGAACAUCACUCUGCCCUCAGGUGUUCAUAUACAGUUGUCAGGGAAGACAACCACCAUUGGACAAACGAUAGGCGCCCUGUCACGUUCUUCUUCCAAGAACAUGCCAGUGUCUGCCUCAGAUACAGGCCGUCCAACAGCCACCACUACUGGACUGGUCCCCUGUACAAGUUCAAAUACCAUCACAAGCUGUUCUGCCCAGCUUGCCUCUAACUCUUCUCUGAUCACCAGCUGUCAGCUCAAGGGUGUCCCUUCCUUCCCCAUGCUCUCCCAACCAGGCUCUUCCACAUCCACUGCUGCCAUGCCACCUGCAGGAAAUGUGAUCAAGAAGGCCCUUUGUACACCUUCAAGUAUACUGUCCAGCAACUCUCCUGCUCAGGUAACUACUACUGUGCAGAGUAGCCCAGCCCACACCUCCACCCUCACUCUUGUCCGUCAUCUUUCAAAUAUUCAAAGUGGUACUGGUGAGGAACCCACUUCCUUUUUAGCUCCCUCUCAACUAGCUCAAAGUAAAACCCAAACACCAAUCUCUUCUGCAACAACCACCCAUAUCCCAGUCCCCACCUCUGCUACUGGCACAAUCCAGCAGAGGAUAGUCAUCAACACCUCUACGUCUCUUGCUGCUGGCACACAGAUCGUCCUUAACAAUGCACGUUUUGUAGUCCCUCCCCAGGGUUUGGGUCCAGGCAGCCAUGUCCUUAUCAUCUCUAGCCCUGCGCCACAACAAGUGCCUACUGCCAGUGCUACCAGCGCUGGUGCAUCAGUACCUCCCCAAGGGGCAAGUCAUGUCACUGUAGCCCCUCGAGCACCAGUUUUACCACGAUCCCCAGCCAGGAUGCCUGGUGUGCCAGUAAUAGGUUCUCCUUUUGUAGCAUGCACACCUGCGUUUGGUCCAUCAUUGCUAGCAACCACUCCAAACGUCACGCCAGUCCGACUAACAGGAAUGCCUGGCCUGGGCUCAACGUGGUUACCCAGUAAAACAAAUGUAGUGUCUGCUCUGCCGAGGCUGCCAGCUGCACAGGCUGGUAACUUUGCUUCACCACCGGUAGGUACACCCACUCUGGCCUCAUCCCCGCCAAGAUUGGGCAGUGUACCAGCCCUAGUUUUCCCAGCAGGAACCUGUGCCCCUGCUAUCGGCUCAGCCCUGACUACAAUCAGGUUAGAUGCUGGUACACCCACGCCAGCUGAAUUUUCAUCCACCAUUUCGUCUGCAUUAGCACCACCCUUGUCCAGAUUGUCAGCACCGCUAUCCUCCUUGCCUGUUUUAUCCAGCCCAUUAGCUGUUGCCCUGCCCAGCCCUGUUAUGCCACCCCUCUCCUCAACUGCAGCUCCUGUAUUAGCGGCACUUCCUGCCCAGCAGAUUGUUUCGAUGACAACCCCGUUCACUGCUCCAUCACAGGCUUCAGUACAUAUAGCAACACAUCAAGACAACACAUCAGUCAGAAAAACGUUGCCUGCAGUCAUGCAACCAGUGACACAGGUAUUACCAACAGUGGCUGUCCCACCAAUUGUAAGUGCAGUGUCUAGGAUUCAGACACUGCCUGUUGCUACAGUUCCACCAAUCGGAAGCACUUUGAACCCCUUUGAAACAGCACCUGUGGUCACGGCCCCUUCAUCCAGCAGCAGUGUUACUAUCACUCCAGCUCAACCAAUCGCAUCGCUGAAGACAAACGACACAACCCACCCACCUGCCGUUACGACCAAUCAAGCUCUUGGAAAUCACUGUCUGCAGACCUCAUCCUUAGGUAUGCAUACAAAUGUGGCAUCCAAGCUACUCAUUAGUUCUGACAGUGCCGUUUUGAACACAGUUCAGUGCCAGGUCAAUCCAGUUGCCUGCCCCAAACCACUGGAUGCACUAGUGGUUUCUCCCAACAGUCCCACUGGAGCAUUACACAAACACGAUUCCUCUUUCCAGCCUUCAGAGGCAGACAGAAAAUGUACCAAGUAACUAAGACUGUGCCGGCUAUGUGAGGACUCAGACCACUGUCAGCGGCUUAGUGUUGCCAGGGCUCAUAUCCAUUUCUUUGUAGUAAUCCUGGAGUUAGUUAAAAACUGCUUUCCAGCUGUAGUUUGACUAGUAACUUACAUUUAGAAUAAAGCAGGUUAUACCCUUUGGUUAUAUCUUUUUAUAGGUAAACUGUAUGCUCAAUCAGACAUACUGGAAAUGUAUACUGUGAUGGUUUUCUCAAGUGACAACUCGUAAGGUUGCCCUCAGAUGAAUGUUAUAGACUCUUGACUUUACUUUUCUUUUUACUUUGUGGCCAGUAAUGACACAUGACAACAAAGGAGUAUAAUUUGUUGGCAGAUAAAGCAGGAAGUUAAACAAGCUUUUUAAAAUAUGUUUUAAAUGCCAUAAAAUACUACUUCAAUAAGUAGUAAUUUGGAUACUAUUCAUUGGUAGAACUGGCUCUGCUUUGUCAGAACAAUGGAACUGUCUGUAUUCAGAUUGUCAUGUUGUCCAGUUUUCAACUAGUAACAGUUUUAAAACUUCAUUUUACUUUUUAGAAAAAUAAGUAAACUAAUAGAUGCAUUUGUAUUACAUGUUUGAGCUCAUAUAACAUGUUUUGAAGUUAUUUAUUUAUUUUUACCAUAUAGAUUUUCAAAGAAUAUUUACUAGGUACAUUUUCAUUGAACAAAAUGUGGACGUUACUGCAUGGAAAUAAACAAUGCGACUGUCCCCAA